AUGCAGGGUACUAUAAUGCGAGUGUGUAUGGUGGUGGCGGCCACCAUCCUCAACCACCCACUGCUUUUCCCCAAGGAAAACACCACCAGUCCCGAGGAGGAGGAGGACCUCCUGGCCAGGAUGAGGGAGCAUGAGGAGAGGAUGCAAGUCCAGCAGGCACAGCUGGAACAGGAGCUCUCUCAGGUGGACCAAGACGUCCUCGAUACUGACCCGAGCGGCUUCAGCUGGUACUUCUGGAGUGCCCUUUCUCUGGUCAUUUUCUUCACAAUCGAGGUUUUCAGGCAGGAUCUGAUCCUCAGUGAAGACUCUGACAUGACUGCUGAAGACGAGGAAGGACUUACCUACGGUCCUGUAAAUGCCGAAAUCUUGCCAUUGGACAAAGGGACCCUUAACAGCUUCUGUGAAACCAGCUUCCAUGCAGUCUCUCACGAGAGCUGUAGAGUGCGGGAGUUUGUUGAGGGAUUUGUGGAUGACCUGCUGGAGGCCCUGAGGAGCAUCUGUGACCCUGAGAUGGAUGUGGAGGUGGAGGACUUCGUUGGGGUGGGCAGUAUGUUUGAGUCCUGGAGAGUGUGUCGGCCCCUCAUGUGUGACAUCAUCGUUCCCUUCGCCCCGCCCCAGCCUUACGGUUUCCAGUUUCAGCUUUGGUGCAGCGACUCGUCCGAUUUCCCUCUGGACCUGCAGGGGUGCGGGAGGAUAAACCUGAUUCAGCUCAACGAGAGCUGCUCAGAGUGUCUCUGUGGCUCAUCCAACCUCAACGAAGACAUGCUGUGUCUGCUUCAUAACAGAAACAGCCAUCGCACACCUGCCAGCCGCGACCUGGAGGAACUCCUGUGCUUGAGGAACACGCCCCACCUGUCCAAAGACCAGGUCAUGAAAUGGUUCCAGAUUUCCGUGACCAAAGCAUGGGGCCAAAUAUCUCACAAGUAUGACUUUGAGCUGACCUUCAGGAACCUGGACUCUCCGGGAGCUCUCAAGGUCAGAUUCAGGUCGGGAAAGGUCGUUGUCCUUAACGUGACCCCAGCGGUCCAGCUAGACAACACUGAUGCCUACUUCAUCUCACAUUUCCCAGCCGACUCUGCCAACUCCUCUGACACACAUUGGCACCUGUCUUUCACUGUCUGCGAGAGGAACCUGUUAAAGCUCUUUGCCAAAAGCCUUCCAGAAAAUUCCUGUCACCUUCGAUGCCUUCAGAUACUGUCCUUCCUUCAUAAAAAGCAGACAGCUCUGAGUGGCAGCAACGCCCUGUGCAACUACCAUCUGAAGACUGCGCUCAUGCAUCUGCUAUUGAGUAAACGCUCAUCUGCAUGGAGGCCCCAGAACCUGGACCAAAGGCUGAGGGACUUACUCAGCUUCCUACAGAAGAGCCUACAGGAGAAGAAGCUGUGUCAUAUUAUAAUUGGGAAUCGUCUCAUACCAAAGCAAAUUAGGAUCCCAGAGGCGAUCCGGACUGCGGAACCGGUGAACCUUUUUAGAUCUCUGGUGCUGCAGCGGCAGCUGUACAGCAGAACGGUGGAGCAUUUUCAGGAGAUGCUUAAAAACGCUCCCGUCCUCAUUCGAGAAUACACGUCGCACCUCCCCAACGGCAGCCUCAGCCGUGGGCUCCAUGCGGCAGUGGAGUCAUAGUCUGACUCACUGUUAAAGUGACUCAUUGUCUCGUUAGGACAUUCCGGUGUU